AGCAAUAACCCAAGCCUACAUCAUGUCUCGACGCAGCGGCCGCCUCACUCUGCAGGUGAGAGACUCCAAUACGCCAGAGCCCACAGUGCAACCACAGCUGAAAAAGAGGAAAUCUGAGCCUCUUAAGAAGAAACUGCAGCCUGCCUCCAAGAAACAAAGCUAUGAAAUCCAGAAGUGUUGGAGGUCAGAAGAGGGCACUAGUCCCUGUGUCCUCAUCGAGACGCCUCAUAAAGAACUGGAGCCAAGUGACCCCAAAAGCUUCAGACAGUUCACUUUUAAAAACCUGUUCAUACAGCCAUCGCCUAUACCACAGCUAAGCUGGGCGAGUUGUGACGACGUUUGGAUCAAAAUGUUGAACAAGGAGCUUAAGUACAUCCACGACAAGAGUUACCUCCAGAAACAUCCCAAAGUGCAGCCCAAGAUGAGAGCCAUUCUGCUCGACUGGCUCUUCGAGGUGAGUGAGGUGUACAGUCUGCACAGACAAACGGCCUAUUUGGCUCAGGACUUCUUCGACCGUUUCAUGUUGACUCAAGACGACAUGAACAAAGAUUAUCUCCAACUUAUUGGCAUCACCGCCCUGUUCAUCGCAGCCAAGAUAGAGGAGAUUUACCCUCCAAAGAUCUUCGAGUUUGCUUAUGUCACAGACGGAGCCUGCGACACGUGGGACAUUCAGAAAACAGAACUGCACAUCCUCAAGGCUUUGGAGUGGAACCUGUGUCCGGAGACUCCGAUCUCGUGGCUGAAGCUCUACUGUCAGGUCGAGGCUCAGAGCGACGCAGAGAACUUCCUCGUACCACAGUUUAAACAAGAAACAUACAUCCAGAUCACGCAGCUGUUAGACCUGUGCCUCAUGGACAUUGGAGCUCUGGAUUUCUCGUACUCUGUUCUGGCGGCUGCAGCGUUCGGUCACUUCUCCUCCUUCGACGUGGUGCACAGAGUCUCAGGCCUGUCGUGGGAGACUGUGUCCCCCUGCGCGCGAUGGAUGACUCCAUUUAUGGAAACACUCAGGUCCGAGCCCCCUCCUCAGCUCAAAUCCUUCGUCAAAGUGAAGCCCGAAGACAGGCACAACAUCCAGACACACGUGGCCUACCUGGAUCUACUGAGAAAAGCGCAGGAGCGACAGUUGGACAGUUUUGACGGCUCCCUCUCUCCUCUUCCUCUCAGCGAGUCCACGUUAACGCCUCCGAACAGCGCAGAGAAACCAGCCAAUCCUUGAAGAGCUCAUUCAAACGAGCCAAUCAGAAAAGAAGAAUCAUUCCACUGAGCCAAUCACAGACAGGAACACACCUAAACCGACUGAUCUCAGAGCAGGAAAACCACUUUGGGAAGACUGAAGUUUUGGUUAACACUAAACUCAGACUAAUUAUUCUAGUCUAACUUUUAUUUUAAUUUUCAUGUGACCAAAAAGAAGAAUUUUAUUUUCACUGUCUCAAA